UCCCAAAGAUGGCGGAGCAGGGUCCGAUGGCCAUAGCGAUGCGGCUCCGAAAUCAGCUACAGUCCGUCUACAAGCUGGACCCGCUGAGGAACGAGGAGGAGGUCAAGUUGAAGAUCAAGGACCUUAACGAACAUAUCGUCUGCUACCUUUGUGCAGGCUACUUCAUAGAUGCUACAACGAUUACAGAGUGUUUGCAUACUUUCUGUAAAAGUUGUAUUGUGAAAUACCUGCAAACAAGCAAGUAUUGUCCGAUGUGCAACAUCAAAAUCCACGAAACGCAGCCCUUACUCAACCUCAAACUGGAUCGAGUGAUGCAAGACAUAGUCUACAAACUGGUGCCUGGACUACAAGAAAGUGAAGACAAAAGAAUAAAGGAAUUUUAUCAGUCUCGAGGGUUAGAAAGAGUCAUUCAGCCUACUGGAGAUGAUGGCGUACCAGAUGCUACAGGUUUACCUUACACAAGCUUUGACCAUUCAAAAGCUCACUUCUACAGAUAUGACGAGCAGGUAUCGCUGUGUUUAGAAAGGCUAAGUUCAUCACUUGCUGGAAAGGAUAAGACAAAACUUACUCUUCAGCAGAAGUUCGUUCGCUGUUCUGUCCGAGCGGAGGUGAGACACCUACGGAAAGUGCUUUGUCAUCGGCUAAACGUGGAAAAACACCAGGUCCAGAUGUUGUUCAAUAACGAGUCUCUGCCUGAUCACAUGACCAUGAAACGGUUAUGGCUCUCACACUGGUUUGGCAAGGCCCAGCCGUUAGUUCUUCACUAUACCAUCAAGGACAAAAGGACCAGAUAGGACUGGUUUUCAGUCGGAGGAAAGCUUGUACAUAUUUUGUACAAUACAUAUUCUAUUUUAAUAGUGUUUGUGUACAUAUACUUAUUUUCCUUGUUUUGUAUUUUUGAAAAUAAAUUUUAAAUGGUAAAAAUAGAA